AUGUCAGUAUUACCGGAUUUCUUCAGAGGACACAAAAGCGUGGUUGAUAUAAUAGAAUUGAAUGAACGAAAGUCCAAGAUAAAUCCUGAGACAGAACACGGACAAAUAGUGCAUCAUGUGAAAGGAAAAAUCCAGUUUGUUGAUGUUCAAUUUUGCUAUCCGUCUCGUCCAAAUCAAAUAGUGUUGACAAACUUUAAUUUGACAUGUGAAGCCAAAUUAAUGACAGCAAUCGUUGGACGAUCAGGUGAGGGAAAAUCGACCAUAUUUUCUUUAUUGCUGCGAUUUUACGAUCCGGAUAAAGGAUCAAUUCUGAUCGAUGGCAUUGAUAUUAGACAAUUGAAUGUAAGGCAUUUACGAUCUCUCUUUGGUUUUAUUCAACAAGAACCGAUCUUGUUUGGGAACACUAUCCGGGAUAAUAUUGCAUACGGUGAUACAACAAAAACGUUUAGUGAUGAAGAAAUUGAGCGUGUUGCAAAAAUCUGUCACAUCCAUGAUACCAUACGUUCACUGCCUAAGGGCUAUCAAACGUUGUGUGGAAAUAAAGGAAGUCAAUUGAGUGGAGGGGAGAGGCAACGUAUUUGUUUAGCCAGAGCUCUAAUUCGUAAUCCUCAUAUAUUGCUGCUGGACGAAGCGACGUCAUCUUUAGAUCGACAUAGUGAACAGUUGAUUCAAGAAUCGCUGAAGCAAGACAAAUGGAACCGUACGUGUUUAGUUAUCGCUCAUCGAUUAUCAACAAUUCAAGACAGUGCUAAUAUAGCAGUUAUGCAUCGUCGAAAAAUUAGAGAACAAGGAACACAUCAAGAAUUAGUGAAAGCAGACGGAUUGUACCUUCAGUUAUUAAGAGCCGAAAGCAGUCAUAAGUGA